UGUGUGUGUGUGUGUGUGUGUGUGUGUGUGUGUGUGUGUGUGUGUGUGUGAGAGAGAGUGAGAGAGAGAGAGAGAGAGAGAGAGAGAGAGAGAGAGAGAGAGAGAGCAGCUCCAGUGACGGCGCUUCUCGGUGCACCAGUGUUGUGACCGGGUCGGACCGUUAUUGUCACAGUGCGCGCAGCCGACACAACCGUCAGACCACUUAACGGGGAAUAAAGGCAACAAAAAAAAAAACGUCCAGCCGAAAUGUCGAAAGUGGAAGGAGGAAUGAGAUGUGUCAAAUACCUUUUGUUCGUUUUCAACUUCAUCUUCUGGUUGAUGGGGUCCUUUGUUCUGGCAGUGGGACUGUGGCUGCGCUUUGACCCAGAAACUGUGUCUCUUCUCAAUGGUGACAAGGCUCCAGACACUUUCUUCAUCGGUGUCUAUAUCCUGAUAGGUGCUGGCAGUCUGGUGAUGUUGGUUGGUUUCUUUGGCUGUUGUGGAGCUGUUCGGGAAUCUCAAUGCCUGCUGGGUUCAUUCUUUGCCUGUCUGUUGAUCAUCUUUGGUGCGGAGGUGGCAGCAGGAGUGUUUGGCUUCUUAAACAAAGACAAGAUCGUCAAAGAUGUUCAGACCUUCUACACAACAACCUACAAUGAAAACAAUAACAGCACAUUGAUCAUCUCAUACCAGAAAGUACUCAACUGUUGUGGGACCAUGGACAGCCCCUGCGCUGAUCCCCCGACAGAUACUAAGGACUGUGAGACAGGCAUCAAGGAGUUCUUCAACAGUAAACUCUACAUCAUUGGAUACGUGGGCAUUGGCAUCGCUGGAGUCAUGAUUAUUGGGAUGAUCUUCAGUAUGGUGCUCUGUUGUGCCAUUCGCAACAGCAGGGAGGUCAUCUAAGCUCGACCCUUGACCUCUACCUCCACUGCACCCAGCCCCGAAAGACUGUACUGCCUUCAGAUCAAAUGUCAACAUUAGUCCAUCAUCCAUCCAGGGACCCAGGAAAUAGAUCAUGUUCAUUAAUAUCCUUUCCACUAUGGUGCUCAAACCAGCUCUCCUGGCCUGAUUUACGACUAUUUUCUCUUUCUUUAUUAUUUACACUCACAAGCAAAGUAGCACCCUGUACCUUCCGUAACAUUCCGAUAAGACUAAGACCGCAGGGUCAGUGUUAGUUCUGAUAUUGACAUGAUAAUCUGUCAAAUUGUUUUCCUUCUCAUGGCCAUUUGGUCACAAUUAUACAUUUUAACCCAAAUUCUGUCGCAGUAGUGUCAAGGCUUUUUUCACACAGCCUUGACACCGACCCCUCGACUGUGGGAAACUUUAGCCCCAGGAGAGCAAACCGGAGAAGUGAAGGCAAUGUUGUGUUACAUGAGAUCACAGCCUUAAAAAAAAGUUGGCUGGAAUCUUGUAGGGAAUCCUGAUUGGUGGAAUCAGAGUGGGAUGUCUAGAGGGAACGGCCAGUGAAUGUUUAUGGUAUGCAUCCAUCAUGCAGCCCCAGUGCUCUUACUCACUCGCAAACUCUGUGUGAACUUAACAAUCAAUAUAGACUUGUCUCUGCAAGAAAAAUCUGCAGUUAUCUUAAAGGAAUAGUUCAAUGUCUUGGAGAAUAUACAUAUUCACUUUGUUGUAGAGAGUUAAAUGAGGAGAAGCCAGCAGACGGUUAGCUUAGCUUAGCUGUAGUUCAUAUUUACUUUACAGAGAGUUUACGAGAGUGGAUAUUUAUCUUCUCAUCGCACUCUUGGCAAAAAUGUUAAUAAGUAUAUUUCCCAACUAUUCCUUACGUUUUUGUCCAUUUACAACAAAUCAUGCGUACUUUAUAUUUUUUAAACAAUGUGGGUAUGUGGUGGAUUACACAACUCAAGCCAGUUUCAAAAGUCAUAAACUGCCUUGAGCGGAAAUGUAAAUUAAAAAAUCUUAAACACACCAGCUGAAAUAAAAGCCAAAUUUCCUUUUUCGUCACGAAGUAAAAGCUCCUCGUUUAUAAGUGCUCUCUUGCAUAAGAGGGUAUCCUUGAGUCUUUGUUGACUGUAUGUCAAGAAAAUCAUGUGGACACAUGUGGACGUUUACAGGCUAAAUAUAUGCUCGCCAGUCAUCUGAGAAUAGCAAGUCGGGCUGUGAAAUUGGGUUAUUCAAACCAGUAGGAUCUCUCCCCCAACAAUCGUCUUUCCCCUCUGUGCCUUAAAAGUACACCAACCUAAACAAAACAGAAACUGAAAAAUAACCCCUGUAUUCCUCUCAUCUCUUCACCUCAGCAGAGGUUUGGACAGACAUGCCCGACCUCCAAUUACUUCUAUUUUUCCAGGUUCACUCAGGCAGUGUUAAUUCUGUAGGGUUUAUUACAGGACUCUGGUAUGUAAAUAUAUGUGACUUGUAGUUAUACGUUAUUGUGGAUGAUGUGGUAGUCACUAUUUAACAAGCUGUGUGUAGAUAGAAGCUUGCAGUAGUUGUAUCAUGUCCAUGUAGUCAUGACAGUGUUCGCAAUAGUCAAGGCAAAUCCACACGGCUAACAGCUUCUUAAUGUGCCUUUCUUUGAUAACGAGCUAUUUUUGAACAACGGGCUGUCAGAACGUAGCAAAAGAUUGUAGCAAAAGUGUACAUAUGUUUGUAGAGUUGGACUGCAAGUAAUCCUCACACACAUCCGAUUUGCCAUUAUUGUUAUGGUGUGUCACACUUGUUCUCUGCCAAGAGAGCUGGAGUGGUGAUAGCAACAACUCUUCUGCCAACUAUUUCAAAAACGUCUUGGUCAUUUAUUUACAAUUCAGUAUAAUGUGACAAGUGAGGAUACGAAAAAGGCUUUCUUCCCACUCCAGCAGGCGUUGUUUACUUUGAGGAGAAACUUAACAGAGUCACUAGACUGUUACUUCACAGGCUCUGUGGAGUUAAAGUAGGAUGAACUAGGAACAGUAAAGUGUGAGUCAAUCCACAAAGCUGUUGUUGUGUUUUCUCAGUUGUAUUUGUUUGAACAAAUCUGGAGAUGUAAUGUACUGUGCACAUAAAAAGACACUGUGUACACAGACGAGCCUUUCGUAGUUGAUUGUGUGUUAAUUUAUUUUGAUACCAUUCCGGGCUUCUCAGGAAGAUAGUUGUUUGAAGUUGAA